AUGAAGUUACUUGUGGCUGCAGUAUGCCUAGUCUGCCUUGUGGCAGUCUAUGCGAAGGAGAUCAGCGAUGAAGGAAAGGACCUGGUAGCAGCCGCUAGCGGCAAAGCUAGCCAUCAUGAAGAAGGAGGUGGUAAACAUCAUCACCACGAACAUCACCAUGACCAUCAUGGUGGUGAACACAAAGGCCACAAGGGCCAUCAUCAUCAUCAUAAGGGUGAUCAUGGAGAUCACGGAAAGCACCAUCACCAUCAUCAUCAUCAUGAACAUGGUGGCGAUCAUAAGAAACAUUGGGAUGAGCAUGACGAUCACGGUCAUCACCAUGAACAUGGUCAUCAUCACAAAGGUGACAAACACGGUCACCAUGAACACCAUGAUAAGGGAGAGAAAACAGAUGGCUAUCACAAGAAAUACCAUAAGGAUACCUUUCACAAGGAUCAUCACUUCUACGAUGGUCAUCAUGACGAAGGCAAGCACCAUAAGCAUGGAAAACAUCACGGUCAUCAUCACAAACAUGAUGAGCAUCACAAAAAGGGCGGUCAUCAUGAUCACGGCCAUCAUGAACAUCAUCACGGUCAUCACGGUCACCACGACAAGCAUCACGAUGACCAUGACCACCACGAUCAUAAAGGACAUCACGGUCAUGAUGAACAUCAUCACGGUCAUCAUGAUCAUGGCAAGAAGGGCGGCCAUCACGACCACAAAGAACAUGGCUACCAUCAUGGGAAGCACUAACCAUUCCAAAGGCUGAUAUUAUAAUUAUUAUUAUUGAAGUCGUAUAACCAAAGGUAGAUUUUACAAUUGUGGCGUUAAAAAGAAACAUAUAAUCCAUUUUAUAUACUGUAUAAUAUAGUUUUGUUACUUUUAUAUUGUUGUUAUUAAAAAUAUUAUUUGUUAGAAA